UCAUGCAUGUGUACAAUGUACAUGCAUGAGGAGAUUGUAUCUUCCCCAGAAUUUCACAAUGAGAUUCGUGCAUUUCUAUAUUAAUAAUCUCUAUAUUUUAGAUUCUUAAUUAAGCUGAAGUAAGGUUGAAGAUUUUCCAGCUCUAAAGACCCUCAAUGGACACUCCAAGCGAUCUAUGGAUCUGUUCUGAAGCUCUGCUUGGUAAUGCUAAUCAUGUUUUCUUGUUGAGACUUCACUGAGAGAAGAGAGAGCCACAGAUUCUUGUAAAAUACACCAAAAUCCACAAAGGAAGAGAGAUUCAGUGCGGUUUUUAAUCUCAUCUGUGCAACUUUUGAUCUGGGACUUAGUUGAUUAAGGAUGGGAAGGUUAUGCUUCCCAAGAUGCAGAUUGAUGAGAAUAAUGGGUUGGCUUCAAAUCAUAUUGGGAGGGCUUGUUAUCGUUGUAAGCUUAGCAAGUCUCUAUAAAUUCUACAAGGCUGGGUUCUUCCUUCACAAUGAAGAAAUCUGCCAUCAUUUUUAUGGUGUAGAUGAUGUUUACGAGGUGUUUGAUGUAAGAGCAUUAACAGAUCGAAUUGGUGAGGUACUCGACAAGAUGGAGAAAUUACAAGAAAAGCUGGAACGUUCUGUGCAAGAUUUGGAGAAGCACAAAGAUGAGUUGGAUAAAACUAGCAUCACGAGGUUGGAGCACAAGAGAUUUUUGGAGCAGGAGGUGAUUAGGCCUCUCCACAGUGCCCAUCUUUCGCUUAGGCAGAUUCGGCUUCCGAGGAUUGCAAACUCAACAAUCAAGGAGGAGCCUAUGAUCAACACUUUUAUUAUAGAGGAGAUUCGCAAGUACAUAUCCCCAAAAGAAAACAGAGUUGGGAAGAUUAAUAUAUAUGGAACUGAAAGGAUAUAUAAUACAAUAGGGCAUGCUUGUACUUUAAUGAAGAAAGAAUUGGAAGAAUACAUGGACUAUGAUAUAGGAUCUUAUUGUAAAGAUGAUUGGAAUCUGGCUCAGAAGCUUAUGGUUAGUGGAUGUGAUCCCUUGCCCCGGAGACGAUGCCUAACCAGGGCCUCCAAGGUAUACCAGAAGCCAUACCCCAUUAAUGAAUCCUUGUGGAAAUUGCCAGAUGAUAGAAAUGUCAGGUGGAGUAAUUAUCAGUGCAGGAACUUUCAGUGCUUAUCCAGCAAGAAUCCCAAGAGGGGUUACUCAAAAUGCACUGGUUGUUUUGAGAUGGAGAAGGAAAAGCUGAAGUGGGUUACAAAUAGCUCACUUCCUGUAGAUUUUUUUAUCACAGAUGUUUUAGCAAUCAAGCCUGGAGAGAUUCGGAUUGGUCUGGAUUUUGGUGUGGGAACAGGUACUUUUGCUGCAAGGAUGAAAGAAAGAAAUGUUACCAUUAUCUCCACUGCACUGAACCUUGGGGCUCCAUUCAGUGAGAUGAUUGCCCUCAGAGGUUUAAUUCCUUUGUAUGUGACAUUGAACCAGCGGCUUCCAUUCUUUGACAACACCAUGGACUUGAUUCACACCACUGGGUUUAUGGAUGGCUGGAUUGACUUGAUGUUGAUGGAUUUCAUCCUUUUCGACUGGGAUCGGAUUUUAAGGCCUGGAGGAUUGUUAUGGAUUGACAGAUUCUUUUGUUACAGGAAGGAUUUGGAUGAUUAUAUGUACAUGAUUCUUCAGUUCAGGUACAAGAAACACAAGUGGGUUAUUACUCCCAAGUCAAAGGAUGAACUCUAUCUAUCUGCAGUGUUAGAAAAACCUCCAAGGGCUAUCUGAUCUGGUAAUCAAAAGUUGUUUAUAUACAUGCUUGAAAACUGAUAUAUCUAUGACAUUGGAAAUUCUGAUACAAUUUAUUUGCGCAAAUUUUAUGCCGAUUCAGUUUGUUUUUUCA